CACAUUUUCUUACGAUGAUGAUAUGCACGUGGCACAUCUCAGAUUUCCCGCAACUCCCGAUCGCCGAGCUCCACCUACUCCACUGUCGUCUUCGGCUCGGAAAGUAUUUGGUAGUAUUGAAAAAGGCUUAGAUCGUAUGAGAACUAUGUUGACACCCCGGAAACGCCUUGGGUCUGCUUCUGGUACGGUUGAUGGCCCUCGCCCAGUGAAGGCAUUGUAUAAUGUGUCCACAGCACGGGCUGUCGUCACCCCUGAUCAUCUCCUGGAGUCUCUUCGAAAUGCACUUUUACGUAAAGGAAUCGUGUGUAAACAGAAAGAAGUUGGAAUAAACAAUAUUGAUUUUUUUCCCCUUUGCAAUCCUACUUUAAGCCUUCAUAUUAACAGAGAUUCUAGUCUAGAAGCAGCCCGGAGUACAGAAGCAACAUCUAGGCGCAAUGUGGUGGCGAAAGUCACUCUUGAAGCUGACUUAAUUUUACCUCAAGUGCCAAUGAUAAUCUUGAAAUUGCAAGUCUAUGAUUCCUUCUGGGCCUAA